AUGGUGGAAAUCUAUGUGGAACUGGUUAUGGUGGACGAUAGGGGAGGUGGAGUUAUACGUGGAGGUGGAUAUGGAGAUGGUGCUGAUGGAGGUGGCUGUGGGGUCAGAGGUGGUGGAAAUGCAGAAAGAGGUGGAGACUUGGGUAAAGGAGGUGGUGCAAAUCUAUGUAGAGAAGAUGGUAGAGGUAAAGAUCUUUGCAGAGGUGGAGAUGGAGGUACACAACGAGAGGGAGGUGGAAAUCUAUGUGGAAAUGGUGUAGAUGGAGGUCACAGUGGCAAUGGUAGUACAACUGGUGGAGAUCCCGGUAAUGAUUGA